AUGGCACUCGUGCUGCUUGGCCUGGCCGCGCUGUGCGGGAGCGCCGAGCCCCGAGAGCCGACUAUUCAGUGUGGCUCUGAAAUUGGGCCAUCUCCAGAGUGGAUGGUUCAACACACUCUGACCCCAGGAGACUUGAGGGACCUCCAAGUGGAACCUGUUAAAACCAGUGUUGCAAUGGAGGAUUAUUCAAUUUUGAUGAACAUAAGCUGGAUACUUCGGGCAGAUGCCAGCAUCUGCAUGUUGAAGGCCACCAAGAUCUGCGUGACAGGCAAAAGCAACUUCCAGUCCUAUAGCUGUGUGAGGUGCAAUUACACAGAGGCCUUCCAGAGUCAGACCAGGCCCUCUGGUGGCAAAUGGACGUUUUCCUACGUAGGCUUUCCUGUGGAGCUGAACACACUCUAUUUCAUUGGGGCCCAUAAUAUCCCCAAUGCAAAUAUGAAUGAAGAUGGCCCUUCCUUGUCUGUGAAUUUCACCUCACCAGGCUGCCUAGACCACAUAAUGAGGUAUAAAAAAAAAUGCAUUGAUGCAGGAAGUCUGUGGGAUCCAAACAUCACUGCUUGUAAGAAGAACAAGACGUCAGUAGAAGUGAACUUCACAACCAGUUCCCUUGGAAAGAGAUACAUGGCUCUUAUCCAACGUAAUGGCGUAAUUGGGUUUUCUAAUGUGUUUUAUCUGCACCAGAACAAACUGACACGAACUUCUGUAGUGAUUCCAGUGAUGGAGGAAAGUGAAGGUGCUGUGGUUCAGGUGAUUCCAUAUUUCCCGACUUGUGGCAAUGACUGCAUCCGACGCAAAGGAACUGUUGUGCUUUGCCCACAAACAGGAGUCCCCUUCCCUCUGGACAACAACACACGUGUGCUAGGAGACUGGCUGCUUCUCCUUCUGCCAUCUCUGCUGGUGGCCGCAUGGGUGCUGGCGGUUGGGAUCUACCUAAUAUGGAAACAUGGAAGAAUCAAGAAGAUUUCCUUUUCUACUACUACUCUCCUGCCUCCCAUUAAGAUUCUUAUAGUUUACCCAUCUGAAAUAUGUUUCCAUCACACAGUUUGUUACUUCACUGAAUUUCUUCAAAACCACUGCAGAAGUGAGGUCAUCACUGAAAAGUGGCAGACAAAGAAAAUAGCUGAGAUGGGUCCAGUGCAGUGGCUUACCAUGCAGAUGCAAGCAGUGGAUAAAGUAGUCUUCCUUCUUUCCAAUGAUGUCAACAGCACGUGUGACAGUACUUGCGGCAAGAGGGAGGGAAGCCCCAAGGAGAACUCUCAAGAUCUGUUCCCCCUUGCCUUUAACCUUUUCUGCAGUGAUCUCAGAAGCCAGACUCAUUUGCACAAAUACAUGGUGGUCUACUUUAGAGAGGCUGAUACCACAGACAAUUAUAGUGCCCUCAACGUCUGCACCAAGUACCACCUCAUGAAGGACGCCACCGCUUUCUGCACAGAACUCCUCCAUGUCAAGCAGCACGUGUCAGUGGGAAAAAGACCACAAGCCUGCCACAAUGGCUGCUCCUCCUUGUAG